CAAAAUGGCGAUGAAAAUUGCGGUAGAAAAGGCCAGCUCGAACCGCUGGAAGAAAAAUUGCUGGAAUUCGCCUUCCUAGCGAAAGGUCGCCGCAACUUUCGGUUAACAAUUAAUAAAGUACACUUGUCUGAACCAAGAAAUUUCGGUAUGUGUUAAAAAUUCUUAUUCUUAAGCAAAUAAUUUUGUAUCUUAUGCUUACAAACCGUUAACCGCCUAGCUCACAGAUGUUUUUUUUUUUUUUUUGUUUACAGCAGCUUGAUUUUUGUUAACCGUAUUAUUAUAAUAGGAAAUGAAGGUCUGACAUUUUAGAUAAUGCAGGGUACUAAUUUGGGUCUAGUUUAAGAAAAAUGAUGGGGUUUCACGAAAAAUUUAGUGACGUUCGAAUUCGCAUAUGUUUCAAAUAUCGCUGCGUAUCUCGUCUCCAAUUAAUGUCCUAACUCCUUUAACAUGUUUAUUAAUUUGUUGAAGGAAAGAAAAUCUCACACAAUCGUUAUCGUUCUAUAGUAUUUAGUCUGUAAUAGCAUUUUGUUAUAUUUACACAGGAACCAAAUUUUAAGAAUCUUCUAUUAAAAGAUUAAAAAGAAACACGUAAUUCAUUAUAUUUUAAUUGAACAGAUUCACAAUUAAGAAGAAUGAUAAGAAUGAGUAUUUUUGAAUUCAGCAAAUACAUAAAUAGAUAUCUAUAUACAUUUUACAUAAAAAAGAACAUAUAUUUAUAUAGAGAUGUAUAGGUACAUAUAUUAAAAACAUUGAGUAUAGCACAUAAAUAAACAACAAGUAUAAUUAUGGAAUAUAUAAUUUAUAUAUAUAUAUAUAAAUAUGCAUUUUUUUUUACAUUCAAACUGAUGUACAUAGCGAAAGUGUUAAAGUGAUUUGAAGCGAAUUCUAAACUAUAAAAUACUCUAAACUAGCGUAGUUUUAAACGAUGGAACAAAGUCAAUAAUAAAACAUUUUUGCAAUAUAGUAAAAAUGAUUAUAAUAUUAAAAAAAAAAAUGCAGUACACACUACUCCUUCUAUCCUACUCUAUUGCCAACAGUUUCUUACGCAACGACAAAAAUCACCCUCGUUAGUUAAUGAAUUAGUGAACAAUAUUAGGAUUGUUAGAAAAUCUAUUUGAUCAGGUGUGUUAAGAAAAGUCAUGACGUAACUCAUUGCGGAACAUAUGCCUCCGUUGGUUUAGGCGAAAUUAAGAGAAUCAGCUGUUGGAAACUAUAAAACUAUCGUCAUUUAAUUUUUACUUAAAAUUUACUAUGAUAUUUAAUUUUUACUCAGGCGAACAGCAUGAGUGCAAAAAGCGAUGGUGUUAGCAGUAGUGUCACAGAAGUAGAGUCAACGGCCACAAACGGGUUUCUAGACGUUCCAAUGACCAAUGGAAUUUCAACACCUGAAUCGGCACCCUCAUCCGUCUCAACUACCGGUCCAGAUUCCGGAAGUCCGACAACGACCAGGGACGAAGAUCAGCAACAACAACAUGUAGUUCAUGUGCAUAUCAACCCGGGGGAAACGUUCACCGUUCAAGUCGGGGACCAAUUUCAACAUAUACCAGGACCAGCAACAGUACGUAUGGUUUCGAAUAAUGGACCUCCCAUGCCGAUGCCGAUGCACGUUCCACCUGGGCAUAUGGUUCAGCAAAUAGUUGAUGAAAAUGGAAUUUUGACGCACGUUAUCCUAUCUGCACAACCUCCUCCGCCCAAUUCUGGAACCCCCGCUCCUCAACAGACGACGGUAGGCUACUACAACGGUGGUGCAAGCGGAACAGUUUUACCUCAUCUAGCUUUCACACCGACCGGGUUCGGUCAAGCUUCCGGCACAGCAGUACCUCAGCUGCAUUAUUUACAUCCCUGCAUACCUCAACAGAACCACAACAAUAACCAUAUGGACGAAAGAGGGGCGAAGAUUCAGCAGAGGCUCAGAACUCGUCUCAUCAAUCGCAAUUCGAAUGAUCAAAACCGCCAACAAAAUCGCAUUUCGAGUAAUGCUAAUCGGAGUACACGUAGCCACUUGAACGGUGACAGUCGCUCAGGUAAAACAUCGAAUGUCGCGACAGAAGUGACUAGUUCUAGUGACGAAGAGUUCGAAAUAGGGGAACCUUUAAUUGAGCCAGCCGUAUCGAACAUCACUGAGCACUGCGCUACAGUUACAUUACAACUACCGUCUCCUAGGAACCCUGCUGAUAAUCCUGUCGAAUACGAACUGCAGUUGCUCGAACCUGGACAAGACGGUAAUAAAUUCAAAGCCGUUUAUAAAGGUGAUGCGACGGAAAUAACAUUACAAGAUUUAAGACCUGGUUCUAAAUACGUUGUUCGAAUAUGUGCAACAAAACCUGAACCAUCCUCGGGAGUAAGACCUGCACCGUCAGACCAGGUCUCUUUUCAUACUCUGCCGGAUCAUCCGGAAGCACCAGUUGCCUUAAAGAUUCAUACUCGUUUUAAAAGUGCGUUAGUUUUGAAAUGGAGUACGCCCUCAUUUGACAAUGGAAGUAAAAUUACAAAUUAUGUACUCCAACAACAACAACAGAUAGGUUGUGACUGGAUAGAAAUCUACCGUGGUCAGCAGAAACAAUAUAAGGUGACUAAAUUAUCGCCAAAUACGGAAUAUAUAUUCCGGGUGGCGGCCGUCAAUUCGAUGGGAAUGGGACCAUUUUCGGAUACAUUAAGUUGCGUCAUGUCUGGCGCGGCACCGUCCGUACCUUCUCCUCCUCAAUGUGUAGAAUCGCGGGUAAAUUGGAUUAAAUUACGUUGGGAUGGUAGAGGGACAGGCGAAUUAUAUACUGUACAAAUGGAAGAUUCCGCUUCUGGUCACGGAUUUUUGCCUGUCUAUCACGGAGCCGAUUCUCACUGCACCGUUCCAAAUCUUAGAAGAAAUACAUCAUAUAAAUUUCGUUUAGCAGCCAGCAACGAAGACGGACAGAGCCGUUGGAGCGACGCCAUUACAGCUUCAACAAGAGCUUCUACUCCCGGAUCCCCCAAAGCACCUACAAUGCGUUCACGGCCACAACCUCAUCACGCUCGAAUAGGUUGGGAUGAGCCUUCUGAUACAGGAGGAAGUGACAUUACAGGCUAUAAAGUAGAAUUGCACGAUAGUCACAUAAGUCAAAUAACUUGCGUUUAUGAAGGAACGUCCAGAGAAUAUGAUAUAGAAAAUCUCCGACCAGGAGGAGCCUACAGGGUUCGAAUACUGGCCAAAAAUGAAGCAGGUUGGAGCGAAGCAGGUGAUUGGCUCCCUUUUCACACAACUUGUGUAGCUCCUAGUCGUUUGGUUGCGCCUUGGGUUUCUGGUAAGGCAAAAGCAACUAGCUUUCAAAUAAAGUGGUCUCCGCCUGAGGAUUUCGGUGGUUCAUCGAUCGUCCAAUAUGCUCUUCAAAUGUCGUCUAUUGACGGUAGUACAAGGCAAGUGUAUGAGGGAGUCGACUUAGAAUGUACGGUAGCCGGUCUACAGCCAGGGAAAGGGUAUGCCUUACACGUGAGGGCAACUAAUGCAGCUGGUUUAACAAGUAAUUGGUCUCCUGCAUUGCAAGCGGUAAGUGGCCCUGGAGUGCCGGACGCUCCGUUCGAUCUGCAGGCUGUUAUCAAGUCUCCGUCGCACACGCAUCUCACAUGGCAAGAGCCGGCUAAUAAUGGUGCUUUCAUAAACGAAUAUAAGUUGGAAUGGAAUUCGACAAAUACAAGAAACGAUUCCUCUGCUGUUUCUGCGUCUGCUGCUAAUACUAGUACUACUUCAGGCAUAACAGGUAGUACAACUGCAUCGAGUGGUGAAGAAGAGAGUGAAAACUCAGAAUGCUGUCGAACUGCAACUGUAUCCGGUGGUCAACUGUUUCACGAUCUGCGUUCCUUAACGCCGGCAACAAAUUACGAAUUCAAGGUUCAAGCGAUUAAUGUUGCAGGGGCUGGUAUGUGGUCAAAAAGUUGCAGUUGGCGGACAACUCCAUCUUCACCCGCCCCAGUGCAACAUGUCAGAAUAACCGCUGAGGCAACAAGUGUUCAGGUCGAAUGGCGUAGACCUGCCUGCCAUGGAUCGCCUAUAACGCAUUAUCAAUUGGACGUUGGAGAGCGUCACUUAAUUACGGUUGCUGAAGGAUCAACUACGUCUAGGACAGUUUCAUAUGUUAUUGAUAACCUUACUCCAGAAACUACUUAUAGGCUUCGAGUUCAAGCAGUGAAUGCUCUAGGCGAGGGAGCCUUCGCAACACCCGUUCGUUUCACAACACGCCCCCUUCCGCCCAUUCCACCACGAAUUGACUGCACAAUGGUUACGCCAAAUUCGUUACGUUUGAAGUGGGGAGAGAAGAAUUCAGAACAGAUAAAAUACGCGCUCGAAAUGCUACGAGAUAGCGGCAGUUCGACAAGAGGGCGCAGCGGUCAACAAGACCGAGAAAAAAGCUUCCACGUUAUUUUUUAUGGUACGGCCCAACAACACAAGGUCAGUAGACUUAGUGAAAUGACUGCUUAUCACUUCCGAAUUCGAGCAUCAAAUGAAGCUGGUGAUGGUCCAUACUCGGAAAGUUUUACGUUCCAUACAAGCAAAGCCCCUCCUCCCGCUGUAAAAGCACCACGUAUUCUUCGUUUAACGAAUGAUACGGCAACUAUCGAAUGGACAGCAGUUAAACCGAUGGGAAGGGAUACUUUACAUUAUGUGGUACAGCUGGCAAACAGAGAUUCGCCUUUACAUGACGUUCAUAGAGGGCCAGAUACACAAUAUGUUCUAACUCGAUUAGCUGCCAAGGCAAACCACGAAGUUCGCGUGUGUUGCGUGAGAGUAUCCGAAGACGGAAGUGAAUUACAGGGAGCUUAUAGUCCUCUAGUAGAUUUUGUUCCUUCAACACCGGUUCGACAGUCACCAAAUACCGAUGAUAGUCAACAGACUAAGAAUAGUAGUGGAUCGUGGAGGCGACCAAGACUCUCUGAACAGCAAUGGGCUUUCCUUCUGCUAGUUGCUUUUGGAGCCGUAGCAGUUUUAGUAGCUAUUUGUUCUCAACAAAUAAUGUCCGUUUAUAGUCCAACGGACCAGGCGUCCGAGUCCAAGAUACCGGCGCCAUCUAGGGCCCAACCGCCUCAGUAGAAAAUUUUCUCUUGCCUAGUCACGCCAUUAUCUAUACUGUAUUAUAUAUAUAUAUAUAUAUAUAUAUAUGUAUAUGUAUAUAUGUAUAUGUAUAUAUGUAUAUGUAUAUAUGUAUAUGUAUAUAUGUAUAUAAGUGAGAAAAGAGAUAUGUUGACACGCGCAUAUAUAACUGAAAUCAGAUUUCUGUGUACGUGUCAAUUCUUUUCUCCCCUUCCGAUGUUCUUAAAGUAUUUGUUGUUCGUCUUGGCUCGAAUUUUUCUCCUCCCCCCUACUUGCCAUUAUUCUGCUGAUGUUUUUUGUUUUUUUUUUGUUUUUUUUGCGUAUGUCAUCGCGAACUUAUAUCAAAUACACAAAAAAAUAAUUAAUCAUCGCGUAAAUGUCUAUACUUAAUCAUAUAUGACGCAUGAUGUAUACUAUGUGUUCGAUCGUUAUUGUCAGUGACUUUUAAAUAUUUUUCUCUUCGUUAUUUAUUAAUGGUUUUCAAUUGUUUUCUCCUUUACAAAACGUUAUUUUAACGCAUUAAAGAGUUGCGUAUGUAUAGG